UCACACUCGCACGCGCUUGCAAUUCGAAUUCAGGUGAAAUUUUAAAGCUCAGGUGCAAUGGAAUCCGAAUCCUCGCAGGAUGAUUGGUCCGCAUUCGAUCCAAUGUCCAGGGAAUACUAUGACCAAGUGGGCAACCGUUACACUAACGAGUCUGGCCAGAAACUAAUCAUGGAAGCCCCGCUGCCGCCAAAGGACGAAAAGGAGCAACGUGCCACCAGGCAGGCGAAGUAUCCAUACUUGGUGGUUCCAAAAAGCAGUCCCUAUGUGACCGAAAAGAUGCUAAUCAACUUCUUCGGUCGGGCGCUCAUCAAGGAGAUGGAGUUCCGCCGCUUGUCACGCGUAUACUUUGUCUACUUUGAAAAUAUCGCAUCCCUGGAGACAGCGCAACAGCGGGUGCAGCGUUACCCGAACCUGAUCAAGUGCAUCACUGGUCGCCCGCAAAAGGAGCGGGAAAUCACCAGCGAUCCGGUGACUUCCACUGAGCCAAUGCCAACACCAGGCCCAGCAAUUUCGGCCACUGAACGUACGCCAGUGAAUCACAACAGAGAGGUUCCGAUCUCGACCGGAGGACAAAAUCAUCCGGAGUUCUUCCGGCCACCGCUGGUCACCAAAGAUGAUUACAAAAGAGGUUCAUUGUUGGCCACCAACGACCCCAUUCAACGCUAUCUCAAUGUAAAGUACGAAUUCGCACUGGAGCGCCAUGAUAUCUACAAGCUUAAGGAUGAGACCAGAAUCCCGCAGGUCGUUCUGCACUUUCGUUCGGGCAGAACGAUUCCUUUGUCAACGGUUGCUGUCACCGAAGAGGAUAAAACUAAAAGCCUGCUGGAAGACGGCGUCAGCAAGUGCGUGGUUUGUCAAAACUGGACAGACACUUUCUGCAAGCUGUGCAAAAUGCCCUUCUGCAAUGCCUCCUGUUUCGCCGAUGUGGCAGAGCAGCAUAAGCAAGCUUGCGGCAAGGGUGAGAUACUUAACCUUGACGAAAAGGUGGGCCGGAAGUACCCCAAACCCGGCUUGCCGCCGUCUGGAUCUAAAGUGAGAAUUACUGCAUUCGAGCAGACUAACGUGGUCUAUGUGCGCUCGGCGGACAUUCAGAUUGACAUCGCCUAUUAUACAGUUCUCACGGAGGUAAUGAUGCUGGGCAAAGAUGCCUCCAAACUGCAGAGUACGCCAGUCUGCGGACAAAUUGUGCUCUACAAGUUCGAGGGACAUAUGUCGCGCGCCAUGGUGCUAAACGUGGAUAAUAUCAAGGAAAUCUAUGUAGUGUUCAUUGAUUUCGGAAGUGUUGAAGUCACGCAGCUGGAAAGACUGUAUGAAUGCAGUUCGUAUUUAGCUGGUUUGACCUGCUAUCCCGUAGCCGUUAAAUUACGCGGAGUUCCCAGGCGCUUUGUGGGUCCCAACAUAAGGGAAGUCAUGUACGAACUCGACCAGUCCCUAGUUUUUAAUAUCAAGUACUCGUCACGUGAGUACGAUACCAGCAAGGGCAUGCAGGUCGUGGUGAUGACCGAGAUCGAUAUUAAUAGGAGCCUCAACCGCCUUUUCAAGACCAUCCUAACUCCUGUUGAGCCGUCUGUCUCGGACUUGGGAUACAAAGAGGACUGUCUUCCAUACAUUCCCUUGCACUGCGGAAAGAACAUAAAUGUAGUGGUAAUGGACAACACAUUCAUCCAGUGCGGCUUUAUCUACUGCACCUCCAUAGAUCUGGCUUACGAAGUCACCAAAAUGCAGCGAGACAUACAGGAGUAUGGUGAAAAGAUUGCCAAGUGCGCAACCUACGCACCGCCGAUAAAUGAGCUUUGCAUAGCUAAGUACGAAGGCAAAUGGCGUCGAGGUCUCUCUGUGGAGUUAGUAGGAGAUGGUUAUCCCAGCAUUUUGUUCAUUGACUACGGAAACAUAGUGCCAACACAUGUCACCGACAUACGUCCCUAUCCGCCGCAGUUUAUCUUCCCUAUAAUGACCACACAGUUGGAUUUAAUUGGAGUGCCUGAGAAGCCCACCGAUGAGCAGAUCAAAUGGCUGGAUAAAAAUUAUCCCAUUGGGUCCGUUAUCACCUGCAGCGAAAUCACUUUCGACGAGGAAACAAAUAGCUACUCCACUCGCAUUGAAAAACUGCAGGAGUUCUUAAGUUUGGACUAAGUUCUCAAAAGGUUGAUUCCGCGAAAUAGUUCAGAACUAAUUAUGGCCAAAAAAAAGCACAAAUCUUCCAGGUUAACUCAACUGCUAAGCAUUUAGUUCAACAAAAUAAUUUUGUUUACAUUUAUAUUCUUGAAGUUAACGUUUUGUUUGUUUAAGUUUUUACUCUCACUUUUCUUGAAUAAACCAGUUGAAUAC